AUGGAAGGAUAUAAAAAAAAUGUAGAGAGCAGGACAGUGAUUGGAAUUGGAACAGGAACUACUAUAGAAAGGUAUAUAGGGGUUCUAGAUAGGGAAGUGGUGUAUGUUCCCUCAAGCAUCCAAACAGCACUGAAGCUUAGAGAAAAGGGCUUGAUAGUAUCAAGCCCCCUGGGUCAUGAGUCCCUGGAUCUGUACAUAGACGGUGCAGACUACUUUGACAAAUGUGGAAAUCUGAUUAAAGGAGGGGGAGGAGCACUUACUACCGAAAAGCUACUUUAUUCCAUGGCCAAAGAUAUCAUUAUAAUAGUUCAAAGGCAUAAGUAUAGAGAAACAUUUGAAGGAUGUCUUGUUCCUAUUGAAAUCUCCUCUAUUUCCCUGAUGAAGUUCCUUUCGAUUCUUCAAGAGUAUAAGUUGAAGCAUUUCUUAAGAGAAACCACAGGGAAGGCAGGACCAUUAAUCAGCGACUUAGGAAAUUGUAUAGUUGAUGUGGAAUACAACGCCGACUUUAUAUCGGAAUGCAAGAGCAUCUGUGGGGUCAUAGAGCAUGGACUGUUUGAGGCAAAUGGAUAUACCACGAUUAUCGAGGAGAACUUGGGAUAG